AUGGCAUCAUUUCAAGCUGAGUUUUCAGAUCAUUUAGAUUGCGAAGAAGAGUUGGAGGAUAUGUUGACAUCUACAACAAACGAAGUUCAAAUACAAAAAAGAGUUUUUAACAUUGAAGAUGAAGAAGCCACAGUCAUUCCGAAAAAAAUACCUGCCAAAAAUUCGAGUCUUUCGAGAAGCAGAAACAUACUAUCAUUUUUUCAAGGUACCAGUGGUGUUACAUCUAGUGCAAAUUCCGAAACCCCUACUAGUGAAUUAAGUGAAACUGAAAGUAGUGCAGUAAUCGAGCAUGAGGUGGCUGUUUCCAGCAAGCACAGCACAGAAACUGGCAGUCCCAGAUCAAAAGCGGCAGGGACCGCAAAACUGCCAAAAAGGGAUUAUUCGAAAUAUAAACAUGUCUGUCUUCUUUGUGCCAAAAAUGAUACGGCAACUGCAAGGAACUCUGCAGUUCUCACUCGCGGGGGAGAUUUCCAAGUUGAAAGGCAUCGUAAAAGUCACCACUCUUCUAUCUCACUGAAAGACAUGAAAUCGCAUGUUGUACCAAUAAAUCACAUAUCGGUUCCACGAAAUGUAAGAGAAUUAGCAGUACCAAAGCCGUCAUCUAAAACCAAAGAUAAAACUGGAGCAACCCAUGACAAUGGUACAAUUCAAAAGAACAAAAUUUCUUCUGCGAUGCCAUCUGUAUCCAAUGAUGCACUACCACAAACUGAAAGCAAUAAGAGCUUAGCUUCUGAAGGAAAUCUUAACGAAAAUAUUAACAAUGAUGACAUUACGAUAACAGCUGGCGAAAAUCAGAUUCAAAAGGACCUUUCCGAUUUUGUCACUGUUACCAGUCAAACAUUUGAAGAGAAAAUGGUGCAUAUGAUUGAAAAACUAAGUAAAAAAGUCGACAAUCUGAAGCAAGUCACGCCUCCAAUGGGUCCACGUAAUACAGGAACUACCGAAACAGUCAGUGGCCUCCUGAUGGAUAAAUUUAAUGAGAACAUGAAAGAGCCGUAUCUUAAAAUGAAAGAAUGGAAAAAGGUUGGAAAAAUUGUUGAACUGGUAAAUGCAAUAGAUUGUUUAGAACUAUAUCCCUUGUCCAGUUCAGACCAGGAAGAGUUCGAAGAUGGUUCAGGCGCCAUACUGAGAUGUGAAACAUGCUUUUUUCUUAACAAAGAUAAGGCUGUGAAGCUCACGCCAGUUAGAGCUGCCAAAAAGCUGGCUGCUGAUUGCUCAAGCAUUUGCACAGGAAAAUAUCUGAGUCCAGAUAGAAUGGAAAGUCUUAUGAAGGGUGAAGGAAAUUACUGGAGAAAGUUGAAAAGUUCGAUUUUGCAGCAUAUGAUAUGUGCUAAUGAUGGCCAAACACAUUUCAAAGCUCUUUCUGCUGUCAACGAAGAAAGAAAUUUAAAGCAAAAACAUUAUGAUGCUGCUAAAACCUUAGUGAAAAGCAUAUUAACAGCUGUCAAGGCUAAAUCAGCUGCGAUACAUUAUGAACAGCAAGUCACUUUUGCAUAUUCUGUUGGAGCUCAAAUCGGGCAAUGUGGACAUUCCAGGAAAGUAGUCCCUGAUCUUGUCAAGUGUUUACUGCAAGUCAUAAACGAGAAGACGAAAGAAGAAUUGCUGAAAUGCCUCCCAAGCACUGGAUUUCCUCCACAUUUUUACAUGGCAGUCGAUAAAGCUACUGUAAACAAAAGAACCAAUGAAGCAGUUAUUUGUCCAACGAUCGAUGGCAAGAAAGUUCCAAUAGUUGUGGCUGCACCAGAAGUGUAUAAACCAACCACAGAUGGUGGUGUACAAGGAGGAAAGGCUGACGAAUCAGCGUUGCGAGCACUAAAGCAAAUUGAAACAAAAUUUGGGAGCACAACAUUGGAUUAUUUAGUUGGUAAGUAUGUAAUAUUUUGCGGUAUAGCAUGUUCUAUUUAUAAAAGAAACAAGAGAGGCAAUAUUUUGUUGAAUUUUGAGGUAGUAAGCUGAGUUUUUCCCUUACUGUGUUAUUGGAAUGAACCUAUAUAAAUAUGUAACUAUUUUUAAAUUUUGUUUUCAGGUAUAUCAGCAGAUGGUGUCUACCAGGCGAAUGGUUUCCAAUCAACUAUCAACGACAACAGUGAAAAUUUGUUUCUAAAACAGGUCGGUUGGGAUGCCUCACAUUGGAUGAAUCUUGCUGUAACUGAUGUGAGGGAUGGUAAGAUUGGUUCAUCCAAAGAAUUCUUUUCAAAGUUUAUUGAACGGACAAACAGAUUUUCAGAAGUUCUGAAUAGAGGAAAAGGUAGGUUCACCAAAUGUUAUUAUAGCUGUAUAGGUUUUUGUUUUCAUUACAUGUUGAAGAAGCUGUGAGCUGUCCCAUUGAUUUGCUUGAAAAUUGCUUUAGUUCAUUUGGUUACGUAUUGACAAAGUUGCAUUGCAUUUCUGUUUUCUAUUGAAGGAAGGAGCACACUGGAAGCUGCAGCGAAGGAGCUUAAAGUUGCACCAACUUUGCAACUACCUACUUGCAGACAAGAUUUGCAAGUUCUGCUUUUGUUCAAUGGGAAAGACUUGUUAAAUCGUACAGAUUAUUUGCCACCGCCUUGAGAAAUGCAGCACCUGCAAUGACUGACGAGUUGCAUCCAUUGCAGUACCAAGUUCUGGGGCAGGUUAGAAUAUGAUAACAUAUUAUGCACAAUCUCGCAACUGUUGCAAUAUUAAUAUUAUAUUUGUAGGAUUUUGUUGUUGAUCUAUUACUGAUGCAUGAUGUUUUUCAACCGGUUGCGAAAGUGAUGACAUUGCUGCAAAGUAUUUCUCUUCCACCUUGGAAAACGUACCCAUAUGCUCAGAAAUUGGCGAAAUGGUUGCUUGAUGCCUACAUGGAAUGUCAUGAAUUUGGAAAUAUGGAAUACUUUCCAAACAUGAACGAAAAUAUUGAGGUGUUAUACGUUAUUCCUAAAUCCUAA